UCGGACACCAGGGCAAGAGACGCUCCCUCCCCCGGAACUGUGCAGCCGCAGCGGCUCCUCUCUACAUCUCAUCGGCGGGGCUCGGUCCAGCAUGGCGGCUUGCGGAUGGAAAUACUGAUGACAGUCCGAAAGAUCGCCUCGAUUUGUACGAUGGGCGCCAAUGCCUCAGCCUUGGAAAAGGAGAUCGGACCGGAACAGUUUCCCGUUAAUGAACACUACUUCGGAUUGGUCAACUUUGGCAACACGUGCUACUGUAACUCGGUGCUGCAGGCGCUGUACUUCUGUCGGCCGUUCAGGGAGAAGGUGUUGGCGUACAAGGUGCAGCCGCGUCGUAAGGAGUCGCUCCUCACCUGUCUGUCCGACCUCUUCAACAGCAUCGCCACGCAGAAGAAGAAGGUCGGAGUCAUCCCGCCCAAGAAAUUCAUCUCGCGGCUGAGAAAAGAGAACGAGCUGUUUGACAACUACAUGCAGCAGGACGCCCACGAGUUCCUCAACUACCUCCUCAACACCAUCGCAGACCUGCUCCAGGAGGAGAAGAGCCAGGAGCGACAGCAGAAUGGGAAGCUGGUGCAGAACGGAGGGGCAGGGGGAGGAGGAGGAGGAGGAAGUACAGGGGGAGGAAGUGAGGGAGGAGGUGAAGGUGAAGGAGCAAAGGAGACGCAGCAGACGUGGGUCCACGAGAUCUUCCAGGGAACACUGACCAACGAGACGCGAUGUCUCAACUGUGAAGCUGUCAGCAGUAAAGACGAGGACUUCCUGGACCUGUCGGUGGACGUGGAGCAGAACACGUCCAUCACGCACUGUCUGAGGGGCUUCAGCAACACGGAGACACUAUGCAGUGAAUACAAGUACUACUGUGAGCAGUGUCGCAGCAAACAGGAAGCACAGAAGAGGAUGCGGGUGAAGAAGCUCCCGAUGAUCCUCGCCCUCCACCUGAAGCGCUUUAAAUACAUGGACCAGCUGCACCGCUACACCAAACUGUCCUAUCGCGUCGUCUUCCCGCUGGAGCUCCGCCUCUUCAACACGUCCGGGGACGCCACCAACCCCGACCGCAUGUACGACCUGGUGGCGGUGGUGGUGCACUGCGGCAGCGGUCCCAACCGAGGACACUACAUCACCAUCGUCAAGAGCCACGGCUUCUGGCUGCUGUUCGAUGACGACAUCGUGGAGACCACGGAGUCCUUCCUCGGCUCCUCUCACUCUCAUUCGGAGGUUUCCUGUCUCAUCUCAACCAGACAGGAAUCUCAAACAGCCUCACGCUGCAGAUCCUGGCGCUCCCGGUGUUGUGUUUGGAUUUCCUACCACGGCUCCACUUACAUACUUCAAACCUCAGCUGAGGAGCGAGGAGCUGAAAACGUGUUUUAGUGAUCGGGGGAAAGUGAAGACCUGCUUUGGAUUAGAGAGAUUGAAAUACCUGAGGACAAGACCUAGAAUGGGAAUAACUCAUUUGCUCUUUAUCCCUCGCUUCUCUUUAUACUUUCCUUUUUAACUGAGAAUUUAUCAAAUUAUCAAUGAUGAGGCCCUUUAAUCUGAUCCAGGACCUGAACAUGCAACAGUUUAAAUGAAUCCAGACUGCACUGGUUACACUGGUUUUCUAAAGCUUUCCACACUGGUCCAGCUUGUACAUUCUUCAUAUUAAGCGACAGAAUGUUUUUCAUCGCUUCUCAUCCAGUUCCACUUCAUCCACGAUUCCACUUUGCCUUAAAUAGACUUGAAACCUGCAGUGGAGUCGAGUCUUUGGGAACUUUUACCCAAUUAGAGGAGUUUAUUUUACUUUAGAUCUCGAGGUUCCCCCUGCGGCUCAGGCACAGUCUUCAGGGACGGAUGUUUGGAGCUGAUGGCAGCCGUGUGUUUUUCCACUUGGAUGGUAAAGAAUCCUCCUGGAACAUCUGGUCCAGUGGACUCAAACUGGCUGAGUCUGCAAAGCUGAAACUCAAACUUUCUUCUUCUUUUUAAUGGAUUGUUUUUUAGCUUCCACCCUCUCUCCUCAGUUUGAUCUGUCUUAUCUUUCCUUGUUAAGCUCCGUGGCUCUUUCUGAACUCCUUUCACCUCCGAUCAACAAAUAUGUUUUAUAAAAGUUAGUUUUCAGCCUCAUCCUCUCCUGGACCGAGAGCCGCGGCACCAAAUGAGAAACAGGCGUCAACCUGCUCACGUUUAAAUGGAGAUUUGUGAGCAAAUGAAAAGUAAAGCUGGUGAAACAGUUACACAACCGAGUUGAACACAACACAGAAAUGAAACAGAGAUCAAAGACCCGUCGUCCGUGUCUGGAGAAUAAGUGGAAACUAAUGUUCAAAACGGUUUGCGGUGGGGGGGGGAGCAAAGUGAAGAGCAGCUGGUCACAGAUCAAUUCUCCCUCUUUCAGUUCUAAUAAAAACAAAUCAUCCUGAUCUCUGCAGUAACAGCUCGGGUUUGUCUCUCAGACUCAAAGAAGAUAAAACUUCUGUGUUGUGUUCGUAGGAAACUGUGAAUAACAUCUUUUCUUUUUCUACUAACUUUGAUUCUGAGACAGAAACAGGUCACAUGUUCACAUAAAACACA